GUGGUAUCACUCCGCUUCCGUCAAGCCGGAUCCCCUUCAACUCCCCUUUGGCAGCCCUGGUUGUCUGUGUUAUUUCUUGGGAUGAGGCGAGACAAAGUCUGUGGAAGAAAUGGUGGCUGUUAAAGAGUUACUAGGAGCGGGUCCCUGAGAUGUCCUCGGGACAAGAAGAAGGAAAUACCAAAAAGUGACAAUCGUAUGCCAAUUGCGGUCCUUCAUCUGAUAAAGUGUCUGCACCCCUUCGAGGCAAGGAAAUGAGAAAGCUACUUCUGAUCCAAGCGGAGCAGGUCAAUGAAGAGGCGGGCACUGCUUGGGAGUGUGGAUACGGGUGUCAGAGGUGAACGUGGGCGAUGUGACUUGGUCCUGGGGCGCACGGGGUUGGUGAGAGGGAAAGAGGGACAGUGGUCAUUUGCGUGGCAUACAAUGAUAAAUGAAUGAUCUACUUCUUGCUAGCUUGACUUCCAGACACUGCACCCUGCCACCAUGUUUGGGGAGGAAAAGGAGUGUAGUAGCGGCCUCUAGCGGAGGAAUGGUGGAUUACAGUAAUAGGAGGAGGGGCUCCUGCUGUCCGUGAGAGCAGUUGUCUGGAGAGCCCUGGGAAGGGAGAGUGCAAAAAGAGGUUCUAAAUGUUUGGUCCUGGAUUAGAAGAGAGUCUCCUGUCCUGGUUACUAGGCUGAGUAUUAAUAACCAAGUCUCUCCCCCUGUCUUUUCAUUGGGUCAUUGAGUGUGUAUCAUGCGUUUAUUUGUGUAGGUCUGUUUCUACGUUUGUGGUUCUCCAUGUUUCUGUAAACAUGAUCUGUAGGGGGCAGUGAACCUCAAAAGGAGGAGUAAGAAGAAGAAAAUUGGCAUAACCCCUGUAGAGAGGGCAGUGCUUCGGUGUGGUAGGUGGCCAGGACUAGAGCAGGAUGGGAUCUAGGGGUAACGCGGCAUCUCCUUUCUGCCGGCUUUCCAAACCAUCCUCCCUUUUCCUAUAGUGUCGAAGAAAAUGAUAGGCUUUGGGGAGAAGAAGGACACAUAAGAACAUGAAAAUAAUACUUUCCAUUGAUUUCCAGAACAGUUUCAAUGGUUUGAGCAUUCCAUCCUUACUACCAGCAGCACAGUCUUGCAGCGAUUUUUGAGUUGUCUCUGCAGGGGAAUUGUCAGACAGAUUGGAGCAGAGGAGCUUGGGGCUUGGGGGAGGAGAGGAAGAAAGAGAAAUUUUUGGCAGUCAGGUACUUGUAUCCAGAAAGGAUCAGUGUCCUAGGUGCUGAAUCUACAAGGGCUCAAUCUCCAUUGUCUUCUGUGUCUGUAUUUAUUUAUUUAUCUCUGCCCUUGUGAGUCUUUGUGUGUAGAUCUGUCUUUAGGUUUGCGGACCUCUCAGUUGUUGUGAAGACUUGUAAAUGGGAACGCAGCUUGAAGCUUGGAAAUAAAGAGGAAGAGAAAUGUGCCCUGUAUCUGUUUAGAUUGGUGGGAGGGUAGAGUGAUUAAGACUAGGGAAUUAUCUGUCUCUUCUGUUUUGCCAGUUUACUAACCUGUCUGGUCUUCUGCCAAUUUAGGUGGAAGCCUUCCUAAGCUUUAGAGGUAUAGAAGGGUAAUACCUGCUUUUGUUACUUCCCACUUGGUUUUCCUAGCCCAUUUCUGAAACAGGAAAAUGUUAGGGCAGUCUCUGAAGAGGAAUAUGAUGGGAAACAGGGAGGAGAAGUACUGAAUGAAGCAGGGCCAUGGGGGAAAGGGACAAGAAGGAGGGAAACACUAGACAAACUACAAAUGUAGGGACCAGGGACCAAAGCCAGUCUGCCAGGAGGUCAGUUUGCAUAUCCUCCUGUUUAUUUGUCCAUAGAUCUGCCUUUAGGUCUGCUGUGAGUCUUGUCAUCACUGGAAACAAGGAAAGGAGGAGGAAAUGACUGCAGAUCAGGGAAGGCUUGUGUGUGUGGAGACUUCCUCAGUAGACCUGUAGGAUGAAGUAGUGGAGAUCUGCCUGGGUGAAGCAGAGGUAAAGAGUCAGCCUAGGGAUUCUUUAGCCUCUCUCACUCCCAUCCAGCUUUUCCACUCUCCGUGCUCCUGUUUUGUGUCUGGAAAAAAGAUUGAUUUUACCUGCAAUAGUAGGGAACAUGAAAUGGAGGAAGAGUUUGCUAAUUAUCUGCCUUUUACACUUAGCACUGAAUUUCCAUACUUUUCUGUUUCCAUGUUGUGCUAAUCAACAUGGAAAAAAGUUAGAAAAAGACUCAAAGCCCCAUUUCCUUCCUCCACUCCUAGGUCCAACUUCAGUGGCAGAUCUGGUGGCCUUGGAGUGGCUGAAGACCACCACCCUCCACAGGGCUGUGCUCAGGCACACAGCCAUCCUUCCCUUCCCUGAGUGAGCUUCCUCUGCGCAUUGUUUGUAUCACUGGCAGAGCCUGUAGUUCGAAAGGGAGCUGAGUGACAACUGGACUUUGUAUGAAAACACCAACCUGGGAGAGACCUUCAGUCAAGGCUGAGACAGGAGUGGGGAUAUAUAACUUGGCCUUGCCUGUAACUUGGAUCGUGAUUGACUUCGGUGCUGAGGCAAGGGCAGAGGAGGGCCUGGGGCUGGCCUGAAAGCUGGCAUCCGUGGCCCUGCCAACACUAAAGCCAAGGCUAAGAUCCAAGCCAAGGCAGUGGCUGAGGCAUAAUUGAAAACGGGACUGGUGACCCAGGCCAAGGCUGGGGGUGGAGCAGCAGCCAGGACACAGUGACCUACACUGAGGCCAUGGCUAUGACAAGGCAAGUGAGCAAGAUGGAAUCUAAGGCUAAGACUAGAGUCAUGGCUGAGACCAAGGCAACCCCCCUGACAGAACCUAGUGUAGUGUCCCAAACCAAAUCAAAGGCCAUGCCUAUGUCCAAGCUCAGUGCUGUCACCCAGUGUAAAGUGAAGGCUGGUGCUAGAAGUGAAGCCAGUAUCGGUUCCAAAGACAGCCCUGGGUCCAUGUCCCAGAGAAGGAGUGAGGCCAGCGUCAAGUUGAAGGCUGGGGACAGAGCUGGUACUGGAACUCAGUUCAGUGAUGAGGAUGAAGAAAAUGUCUGUUCUUGGUUUUGGACUGGAGAAGAGCCUAGUGUAGGAUCUUGGUUCUGGCCUAAAGAAGACAACCCAUUUCAAGUGUAUAAGCCCCCAGCUAAGAUCCAGGAAAUGCCCAAGCCUACACCCAAACCUGAACUUACUAUAAAGCAAAAAGUCAAAGCAUGGUCAAGGGCCAGGUUUUGUGUCCUAGUCCCAGUAGAUGGAGGGGAGCAAUCCUUACCUCCAGGAGGGAAUUGGACUCUGGUUGAUACCUUAAUUGAAACUCCUCUAGGGAUUCGACCUCUGACCAAGAUUCCACCGUGGAAUGGGCCUUACUUUCAGACUUUAGCUGAGCUCAAAAAUCAGGUUAAGUAUAGGGAAAAGUAUAGGCCCAAUCCAAAAACCUGUCGCUGCAAAUCAUAUGUUUUUACUUUAGAGCCUAAAGAGUUUGAUAAACUUGUUGCCCUACUUAAGUUAACUACAGAUCCUUUCAUUCAUGAAAUAGCUACAAUGAUAAUGGGUAUCAGUCCUGCUUAUCCAUUUACCCAAGAUAUAAUUCAUGAUGUAGGUAUUACUGUUAUGAUUGAAAACUUGGUCAAUAAUCCCAAUGUUAAAGAACACCCUAGAACUUUAAAUAUGGUGGAUGACAACGCUGAGUCUUCUGGAGAACCACAAAGAGAGUUGUACAUAAAUCAAGUUUGUAGGGACAUAAUCUCUUAUCCUUUGAACUCCACCAUGCAGCUGGAGGGACUAAAAUUAUUAGUGCAGCUGAGUGUAAACUUUGAGUACCACCAUAUAAUUGUCAAUUACAUUCCAGAUUUCCUCACUUUGUUAAACAAGGGAAGUGUUAAAACCAAGUUUUAUGUUUUAAAAGUGUGUUUGCACUUGUCUAAAAAUCAAGCCAAUACAAGAGAACUGAUCAGUGCCAAAGUGUUGUCAUCAUUGGUUGCACCCUUUAACAAAAAUGAGUCAAAGGCCAAUAUUCUUAAUAUCAUUGAAAUAUUUGAGAAUAUAAAUUUCCAAUUUAAAAAGAAGGUAAAGCUAUUUACCAAGGAAGAGUUCACUAAAUAUGAACUUAUCUCCAUAUUUCAGGAAGCAAAAGAGUUUGGUCAGAAACUACAAGACCUAGCAGAGCACAGUGAUCCUGAAGUGAGAGACAAAGUUAUAAGAUUAAUACUGAAACUCUGAAUAGCUAUAUGUUCUCACAAAACCUUUAGCAGUUUCUUUGGUAUUGUAAUAUGAAACCAAUGCAACUUAUAAGUUCAGUAUUUAUGCUAUCUGUGCUGAUUGAAGGAGCCAAUUUUAUGGAUACCAGAUGAUCUUGAGAGCUUGAAUGUUUGUUGGUUUUCAUUGUGCUAUAUAAGUUCAGAUAUUUUUAGUAUUUUUGCAAUAUGACCUGAUAAUGAACCUAUUCAUCCUGAGUAAGUUAUACUUCUGUGCUUUAUAUUAACAUAAGUGUAUUCAUUUAAUAUUUCAAUUACAUGUGAAUAAAGUUGCAUGCUAAAACUGGUGAAAA